GUGCCGGCCUGCGGCGUCUGUGCCACACGCAGCAUGGCGGAGCGGCUGCCCGCCGCGCCGCCGUCGAGCGAGGGCGGCCGUAAAGGGGAGCUGGGCUGCGCGACAGCGAGCGGCGGCGGGCGGGGCAUAAUAAAGCAGUGAAGAGAAACUGAAGGAAGCAUUACAUGCCUCACUGAUAACUGUUUCUGAAGUAUUUGGGCAAACUACAUAUAUAUGUAUUAAAAUCUACAAAGGUUGAAGGUGUGGAGAGCAUGGGUUACGACAUUGAGCGCUUCGUGGGCUAUGUUAAUGAAGGGCUGUUGUGCUCCAUCUGCCGGGACGUGUUGGAAGAUCCGCUGCAGGCUCCCUGCGAGCACGCGUUCUGCACUGCCUGCAUCCAUGGGUGGCUCGUGCAUCACAGUAACUGCCCUGAAGACAGACAAGUGAUUGAUGUGUCUUUGCUGCGACCUCUCUACAGAUAUAUGAAAAAUGAUUUAAACCGUCUUCAGCUACAUUGCAGAAACAGAGAGUAUGGCUGUGAAAUGGUUUGUUCUCUGGAGUCUAUAGACAGGCAUGAAAGGGAGUGUGAGUACAGUCAGAUACCUUGCUCCAAUGCUGGCUGCACGGUGCAGGUCGAGCGGCGUCACCUGGACGGGCACCUGGCGGUGUGCGAGUUCCGGAGCCGGGCGUGCCCCAACGGCUGCGGCUACACCUUGCUCAGCGCUGAGGACUCGCAGCACAACUGCGUGGCCGAGCUGAGGACCGAGCUGGAGCUGCUCCGGUCAGAAAUGAUCUGCAGAGUGGAAGAGGCAAAACACGAGAUGGAGUCAAGGUUAGAUUCACAGAGAAGGCAUAUGGUCCAAAAAGAGAGUAUUCUGCAAAAUGAAAUUGAAGAACUAAAGAGCCAGAUGUCACGACUGAUGUCAGAUGUGCGGUCUCUGAUGGCUGCGGAGCGGCAGCACCGUCAGGAGCUGGAGCAGGCAGAGCUGGAAAAACGGGAGUUGAUGGAGCUGCUGAAGGGGCUGCAGAAGGACUGUAGAUUGACUACUGCAGAGGGAAGCAGGAAGUCCAAUUUCCGUCCUUUGACACGACUAGAGAGUGUAAAAAGAAAACCUAGGGAAGUUACAGUUAUCUAAAUAGUACUAAGCUCAAAAAUCAUUUUCUUCAAAUACUGGCUUCUGGCAAACUACUUUCAUGGAAUGAUUGGUAAAGUUUAUAUAAUUUCUGGUUUACUAGGGUUUUUUUGAGGUCUAAAUUACAACUGUAUUUCCUUUGGGGCCAUAAAAACAAACAGAAGAUUUUUUUCCUGAGGGAAUACUGGUCAUUAAAACCAAUUGGAAGACAUAUUUUUAGGUAUUGUUUUUAUAAAAAGGGAAAGGAGACUAGAUUUGUUCUCUCUUUUCUGCAUCACUUACAGGAAUCUUUCAGCACUGAAAGCUACAGCUUUUUUAAGUCAAAGAUACGGACUGUUAUUGACCAGGAAGAAAAAAACAUUUCAGUAUCUCUGUUUGAAACAAAAAAGCAAAUGUGACCAUUUGGGAUGUACUUAAUUUGGGGAAAAGUGAAUAGUAGAAUUAGUAAGUCAGUAAUAGAAAUUAAUAAGAUUUUGUUUGUUUGUAGUCAGUAGAAGGUCUUAUUUCAAAGGUGGAAAGCAAGCACUUUAAAUUGUAAUUCUUCUGCUAUGUAACAGCUUUGGGUGAGGUUGACUGUUGCUUUAGAGCUUCUUCUCAUUUCCGAGGCUGAUAGCACACUGAAGAGACUAAUACUAAAGCCCGAGGUAGCAGAAUAACCUAAAACCCUUUAAACAGAUGUGUGAAUAACUUUGAGUGUGUGGGAAUGGAUCUGCUUCUUACUUUAGAAUUUGAAGCUUUUAUAUGUGAAACUAUCAGGUAUUUGUACAGGAUCUUUUAAGCAUAAGGCCAGUCAUUUGGUACUCAAUAUCUUUGAAGUAUAUAUAAAUACCUAGAGUAUCCUUGAUUUUCUUGUGGCAGGUUUAAGGCUACUUGAUAUGCACAAGAGAUGAAUAUUUGCACAGUCACUUGGGUUUCAGACGUUAGUGCUCAGGCAGGCUUCAGGGAGUGCCAGAGCGUGGCACUGGCAUCAGAGGGUACCAGAACACCUGUGUGAGUGCAGGUUGGUCAGUGAUCUGCUCUGCUUAGCAGGACUAUCAAAGCAGGGGUGCAAGGGUUAAGGGGCGUUAGAGCAUCUGAGGAAGAGGGUGGCUGAUAGAGCCAUUCUCUGC